AUGUUGGGCCAUGUUUUACAUUUCUAUCAUAUAAUGAUCAGAUAUGUAAUUUUCACCUCUUUUUUUAUGUUGAUAAUACAAUAUCAUUCUUUUAUUACUUGCUUCAAUAUAAACCAUAUCACUAACAACAAUAUUUUGCUCACUCCAACAAAUACAUGUUUACUUAAAAAGGGAAGGAAAAAUGAAUAUCUUAACUUUUAUUGUGAUGGAAUGGGUCAAGUAAAAAAACAUGGAUAUGCAUUGAGAAAAAAUGCUGUAUUUUUUGGUGAUAUAAGAAAUAAAGAAAUAGAAGAAAACACUGUAUCAUAUAUCGAUAAAAAUGUAAAGUGUAAAAUAGGUUUAGAAGUACAUAUACAGCUAAGUACAAAAUAUAAAGCUUUUUGUAAUUGUUUCAAUAUAUCAUCAUUAUAUGGAGAAAAAACAUAUGAAAAAAAUCACAAUGAUUUGAUAGAUUUUAUAAGAGAAAAUAUAUGGAAGCAAAAAAAUGAUCAAUUAGUGAAUGAUCAAUUAGUGAAUGAUCAAUUAGUGAAUGAUCAAUUAGUGAAUGAUCAAUUAGAGAAUGAUCAAUUAGAGAAUGAUCAAUUAGAGAAUGAUCAAUUAGUGAAUGAUCAAUUAGUGAAUGAUCAAUUAGAGAAUGAUCAAUUAGAGAAUGAUCAAUUAGUGAAUGAUCAAUUAGAGAAUGAUCAAUUAGAGAAUGAUCAAUUAGAGAAUGAUCAAUUAGAGAAUGAUCAAUUAGUGAAUGAUCAAUUAGUGAAUGAUCAAUUAGAGAAUGAUCAAUUAGUGAAUGAUCAAUUAGAGAAUGAUCAAUUAGUGAAUGAUCAAUUAGUAAAUGAUCAAUUAUCAAAUGAUCAAUUAUCAAAUGAUCAAUUAUCAAAUGAUAAAGUGAAUAAUGAACAAUUACCAAAUGAUCAUGUACAUAAUGAUCAUGUACAUGAUGAACAAGCACAUAAUGAUAAAGCACCGCAUGAACAUAAAAAUAUACGGCAAUCCAUUUUUAAUAACCAAACUAGAAUAAAGAAAGAUCUAAUAAAGAACAAUACAUCAGACGAUAUUGUUAUAAAGAAAUAUCAUAAUAAUGAAAAUAUGGAACCCAAUAAAUAUAUAUGUAAUACUUGUAUAGGAGAAGUAGGGUCUCUAAAUACAUUAAACAGUACAGCUGUUUUAUUCUCAUAUUUAAUAUCUACCAUUUUUAAUUGUAACUUAAAUAAUAAUAUCUCCUUCGAUAGAAAAAUUUAUAAUUAUUAUGACCUCCCCAAAGGUUACCAGAUUACACAAAAAGAUAACCCUAUUGGAUAUGAUGGAUAUAUAUUUUUGAAUGAAAAAAAAUAUGAUAUAAAAAGUGUACACCUUGAAGAAGAUACCAGUAAAUGUUACUUACAUUUCUCUCAAAAAAAUGAAGAAGGUAAAAAUUUCAAUGAUAAUCAUAAAAACAUAGAGAAACAUGAUAAUGAUACCAUACAUGAUAUAAAUACUAAUCAUAAUAACAUUCAAAAUUUUAAUAUACAUUCAGAAAUAAUUAAUAAUGAACAUUAUGUAACCAAUAAUAAGAACCAGAUACAUAUAAAACCACAUAAAAUAUUACUAGAUUAUAAUAGAUGUGGUGUACCUCUAGUUGAAAUCGUUGUAGAAAAAGCUUACAUGAAUAGCGAAGAAUGCAUAAAUUUACUUAAAGAAAUAAAAAAUAAAGUAUGCUUGUUAGGGGUAUGUGUAGGUAAUAAAGAAAACAUACGUUCAGAUAUUAACAUAUCUUUUGAAUAUGGAAAUAUUAAGAAUGACCGCACCGAAAUUAAAAAUAUUAACAGCUUUACAAAAAUAAGGAAUUAUAUAGAAACAGAAAGGACAAAUUUUAUAAAUUAUAUUAGGAAAAAUAUCAUAAAUAAUGAUAUUGGAAGUGAUCAUAUACACAAUAGAGAUAAUAUAAAUACCUUUUGGAGUAAUAAUAACAUCUAUACAAAAAGCUAUAUAGAUAAUACACAUUUUAUUCUAAGGAAAAAAGAAGCAUAUAAUUAUGUUAAAGAAGGAAAUAUACCUAAAUAUCGAAUAAAUGAUAAUAUUUUGAAAUUAUUAAAAUUUUAUGUCAAUUAUAAAAUAAAAAUUUAUCAAGAUGAAAAAAAAUAUAAUUGGUCAAAACAUUAUUUUCAUGUUUUUUUUAAUGAUCCAUUUUUAUAUAAUUAUUUUAAUGAAUGCUUAAAAUAUGAACAAGAAAAAUAUGUAUCAAAUUUUUUAGUUAAUAUUCUAUUAGAUAUUCUAAAAAAAAAAAAUAUCCUAUCCAAACAAAUAUUAAUCAAACCUAAAGAUUUAUGUUUCCUUAUUAAUUAUGCACAUACAAAUAAUAUAGAUAAUACAUUCUUAAAAUCAUUUAUUUUCCAAUUUAUAGACAAAGAAUUUAAAAGAGAAGAUUUCUACGAACAACUCAAACAUAUAAAUGCAAAUGAUAUUGAACAUACCUUAAUCGAAUUAAUUAAACAAAAUAAACAUUAUUUAAAAUAUGAUCAAAAUAAAAUGUCUAUCAUUAAUCAACAAAAUUUUAAAAACAGAAUUAUCGGAUUAUUAAAAAAUAAAUUCAAUGUACAUACGUCGAAUGUAAUUAUAAAUUAUAAACACGUCAAUGAUUUUAUAUUGAAUUAUAUAAAUAAACAUCUGUUAUAA